AUGGCACCUAGGGUCAAGACAGAAUGCGCUCAGGAUUGCUAUAAACCACGCGCCGUUCGUACUACCAGCUUCUUGAUCUUUGGCUUAUCCACCUUAGCCGUACUCAUAUUCUUUGCCCUUUGCGUGAAUUCCAGCAGAGAGAGACCAUGUUCAAGUUCGCCAUAUUCGCCUGGCGAGCCUGCAGACUCGUGUUCUCCUGCUCCAUCUAUGUUUACGGCAUUCACGACGUGGUCUGAUUCUCAGUACUUCGUCGCGGCGUAUCUGCCAACCCUACUCGCCGUCAUAUACAAUAUUCUCUGGGAAGUCAUAUACACGGGGCUAGCAGAGAUGGAGCCUUUCAUACAAUUAGCCAAAGACGGGGGUGUUUCUGCUCAAGCGUCGCUGUCACUUCGGUACGCGACUACAAGUCUACCCGUCACCUUCUAUCUCGCAAUUGUCAACUACCACCCCAACAUUAUCUGUGCAUCGUUCAUAUCCUUCAUCCUGGCAAUCAGCGUGCCGUUCGCCUCCGAAGUGCUGCAUAUCGGUACACAAGGCGUAUGCAACAGCACGGCUGGAGGUAAUAACUGCACACCUUACGUCCAAAUCCGACCGGCGAUCGCUAGAAUGGAAGUCGUCUUCACUGCAAUUACCCUUUUCGGAGUUAUAGCUUUGGCAUACGGCUAUGGCAACCAAACUGGCAUUCGAAAUGAAGGCUCAAGCAUUGCGGGUCUCGCGACGCUCUUGAACGACACCCUUCAUUGA